AAUAAAAUUAAACAUUUUUGCGGAUAAACGCGUAAAAUUAGGAAUAAUUAGCAGUUGGACCGCUAAAAUGAUUGAAGACGAGUCGGAAGUAUUCGAGAUAAAUGACUUCACGACGGCAUCUGAAUGGGAACGUUUUGUGGCUCAGAUAGAGGAGGUCUUACAAGAUUGGCAAUUGUCGACCCCUUAUCAGCCACAUCAUCAUCAACAAAAACAUCAUCAUCAGCACCAACCACAACAGCAAAUGCAGCCACAACAGCAGCAAGGCAGCAAGUCUAUUAGUCACUCCCAGCCAUCAGCACCACCAUCCAAUCAUCAUCAUCAUCAUCACUGGGACGAGACAUCAGCGUUUGUCCAAUUCGCAGACUACACCUUUGUACUGACCAGACAUAAAAUGAUGACCACCCAAAAUAACGGUGAUGCUGGUAAUGAUGUUGGGGAAAGAAAAAACGAUGAUGAUAAUGAUGAUGGUGAUGAUGAUGAUAGAAAAGCGAAUGUCAAAGCCAGAGUCACGAGUCAAGAAGAGAUAGUGAAGAGGCAGAGGAGGAUGAUGAAGAUGUGGAUGAAGAGAGAUGAUGAUGAUAGUAGUUGUGAGAGUGGCGAUGAUGAUGAUGGUGGAGAUGAUGAGGAGAAGAGAGAGUUGGCCAAAAAUGUUCCUGAAUUUUGGCGGGAUAUGAUGGACACCACGGACGGUGACCUCUUCCCCACGCGUGCCCACUGCCUCCACAGAUGGUUUGGUGUCCGCGAUUUCCUCACCCUUGCCACCACUUCCGGUUCCGAAGAUAUUAAUAGUGAGAGUCGGAUCAACAUGCUACUCAGCUGCUUUCGCAUUGCUGCUUUGAAUACCGGAUGCCAGGUUCCAUUCUUCGUGCAAGCAUCUUCAAAGUGGCGGAGGUUAUUCUAUGGCGCGGGCGAGGGCUGGGGUCUGAGGACGAACUUUCAGAUGGUGCACAUGAGGACCUGUUCCAGCCGGUGCAACUAUCUCGAUGGCUUGAUGGCUCUUUUUAAAGAUAAGAUUAACCCACCAUUCCAGCCAUUUGAAGGUGUCACAACGUCAGUAAGAUUUACGUACGUGAUCAAUGAUUGGUCGGAAUUUCCGUGGCUCAUGUCACCUCCCGACUUGGAUAAUCCUGAUGUUGAGUUUGGCGGAUCAAAAUUUAACGAACUUCCGUUUGGGAGCUAUGACGAUCCCUUGAGUGAAUUUUCUCUCUCGACAACGUGGCCUUCCUUGCCAGGUCUCUUGCAAUCAGAAAGUGAAUCGCACUCCCGUUUCGAACCAUUCCUGGCUCCUAAUUGGUCAGUUAGAGUUAGCUCGAGGGACAAUCCAAAGACCUUAUUGGGAUCUUACGUAAAGGGUAUGAUGGAUAUUUGUAUGAAGCCGUCAGCUCUUUAUACAGCUGUCAGUAAUAUAAAAGUGCCACAAUCUGGUUGGUUGGCUGACAUCAACGCUUCCCAAGCCCUCAACCGCCUGACCGAGCCCCGAAUGCCGACCUUGGGCAGUGUCGUCAUGGGGGCAAGGUCGAAGUUGGCGGGCAAAAUUGACGACACUCUGCCCAUUAGUGAAGAGUUGCUUAAUGACAUUUUGCAGCUGCUGUUUCCAGAUGCCAGGCCAUCUACAUCACGGGCAGAUGACGUCACGAACGCUACGUCAUCGUCGUCAUCAGCACUUCUAUCUAAGGAUAUCUAUCGCCAGCUUAAAGCGGCCCCGCCCACAAGUCUCGUCAGCCAAUUGGCCGUUUGCACGUGCGUCGUCAACCAAUCACACGGAGGUCUUAGAGCCGUCAACCAAUUGUGGUCGGAGUUCGUCCUGGAGAUGAGAUAUCGAUGGGAGAAUAGCUGUACUAUUCCUGGGUUAUUAGAACCGGGUUCGCCUAACAUGGCAUGUUGCCUGCUCUACCAAAAAUUGCAAAUGUUGAACUGCUGUAUUGAGAGAAAGAGACAACGAGAAUCAUUAUCACCAUCACCAUCUUCUACAGGUGAAAAUGAUGAUGAUGACGAUGAUGAUGAUGAUGACGACGAUGAUGAAUUUAUAAUUAUAAUUAGUAACAUAAGAUGGAACGACAUUGAAGAGGAAUUUUUCGAGUGCGGUGAGAUCUCUGAUUCGUCGAAAGACGAUAACGUUUAUACACUCUCGUCCAAUAGUAACGCAGAGCCUGAGGGUCGAUUGAAACUAUUGGACGGUAAUAUUAGCUUGCUGGAAUUCCCGGAUCGAUUUAUUUAUAUCCCCGUCACUCAGGAACCUGCCCCGGUCACUGAAGAUCUACUGGAGGAAAAUGCCGAAGUUCUAACAAGACUGGGAACGAGCAUGGAGGGGGCACAGUUGAGGGCCCGCAUGCAGAGUGCCUGCCUCCUAUCAGACAUGGAGUCAUUCAAGGCGGCCAAUCCCGGCUGCUCAUUAGUUGAUUUCGUCAGGUGGUACUCGCCUAGGGAUUGGCUGGAAAAUGGAGGUGACCUUGAUGACUCUGGUGGGAAGAGCCAGCCGAACAAACUUGGUCAGCUGAGCCAGCGAAUGAGAGUAGAGAACAACGUCUGGUUGGAAGUCUGGCAGAGCGCCAGAAGCCUGCCCGCCAGGAAACAAAGAAGAUUAUUUGACGAUACCAAAGAAGCUGAAAAGGUCCUCCACUGGCUGUCCUCUCUGACGACCAGCCAACUGGCCAAACAUCUCAUGCCAGUGCUAUUGACCGCCGCCGUUCAAAGGCUACUAACCAAUCCGGAAAUACAUCUACCAUUUUUGAAACGGCACGUGCACCAGCUUCCACAGAAACUUGUCAAGGUCACAAGAAAUCUAGGUCAAGGGGAGAUGAAGAGCUGUGAGGAUCUUAUCAACCACAUAACUUUUUUGGAGUCUGCAAUCGUUAAAGUCCAGUCACUCUUCAGAAAGCUGAACUCAACAAGACAAGCGAUCACCAAAGACCGUAAAAACAAUAAUAAUAAUAAUAAUAAUAAUGAAAAAAACAACACCAUCAAUAAAACCAACAAAAAUAGUAAUAAUAAUAAUAAUAAUAACGUCGAUGAUGACGAUGACGAAGAUGGCGUAGUGACGGAUGGCGCGCUACAAAAAUUCAUCUCAGACAUUCUGGAAUUCCCCGAAGUUUCGUUUAAGAGUUGUCUGGAUUAUACGGCUCUCGGCAGAUUGGUGUUUAAGUUCGUCAGAGAUGGCGCUAAUUCUGGGGACAAGACCACAGAUGCGGCGACUGUAGCUACUACAGCCACUACUACUACCACAUCGUCGUCAUCAGCAGCACCACCAUCGCCUCCAGCCAAUGAGAAGACGUCUGAGGUCAAGAUGAGACCUCCAGUGGGGAAGGAGUACAUCUUGAGGAUUAUGUGCAAGAGACCUGCGCCCUGGUCUAGAAAAUGCCCCCAGAGGUUGUAUUGCGUCAUAACGCCAGAUGAAUUCCGAUUGGCUGGUGCCUUCAGUGACGACAUAACUUUCCAGUGAUCUGAUUGGUUCUUGGAAUCGGCUGCUUUUUCAACUAUCGCGUUGGAAUCAGCUGUUUUUUAAACUAUCGCAUAUCUCAAAAACAACAACAUCAACAACAACAACAAUAAUAAUAACAAUAAUGAUGGUUAUGAUGUUGAUAUGAUACAGAUGAUAUCUUUCGAGAUGAUACAACUAUCCAGUGAUUUGAUUCGUUCUUGGAAUCAUCCGUCACCCUUAUAUGUUUUUUGACAUUUACGACACGACAAAUUUUCUCCGCAAUUUCAUUGGCCAUUGAAUUUAUGACGUCAUCUAUCAUUACUCCAAUGGAAAAUUGAUAUAGUAAUAUGAAUCAGGCGUUAACUUACUACAAAUCUUAACUUUCAUCACGAAUGACAUCAUCAUCAUCAUCAUUAUUAUUAUUUUAUUAUUAUUAUUAUUGUUGUUAUUAUUGUUGUUGUUAUAUGGAUUAGUAAUUCUUACUACCACAGAUGGAUUUAAUGAUUGGUUUUAAACUUUGGUCACUUAUUUGUUCUAAUAAAAAUGAUGGCGGAAAGAAA